AAGCGACAGAAGUCUGCCGUAACCGGAGAGUGACUACCCCAUCUCACCGAGCACCAUGCUGAAGGAAGCAGCGAUCGUGAUUUGUAUGACCGUUCUUGCGAGUGUGGCCGCUGGAUACCGCGGGCAACCACGGCAUGGUGGCUACGAGCACCCACGUGAGCCAGGAGUACCAAAGAGUCCCGAAGGAUCGUACGAAGACUUCCGGUACCCAUCUGGACCGAGAGCUCCCAAGCGACCCAGAGCACCACCCGUCGGUAGCCCUCAGUUCCCAGGCCAAGGACCGAGAGCACCGACGCAACCUGGGGGAUAUGACCGUGGCAUUCCAUACCCACGGGAACCCAGAAACCCAUACCCGUACCCCCGUGAUCCCAGAAGCCCAUACCCGUACCCCCGUGAUCCCAGAAACCCAUACCCGUACCCCCGUGAACCCAGAGUACCCGAAGGGCCACUCGGUGACCCGUACCGGCGUCGCCAUGGUUUGGACUGCACGGUUGGUUCUGGGAAUCCACACGCCGGUUGCGACGCAAUUUGCACAAGAGACCAUCAACUGCGCGGAUACUGCAACUUUCGUUCGCGUAAUUGCGAGUGCUGGAGAUCUUAAUAAAUAUCUGGGUUACAUUGCUA